UCGAGCUGAGCGUUUGGGUUUAAGAACAUUAAUUUGUGUUUUAUGAUUUCCGGGUUUGUCGCUGGCGUGAAAAUGCGACAUAAUUUAAACUUUGAUUAGAAAGGCUUUUUUUGGCUAGUUUAUAAGCUAGCUGCCGCGUUACUUUUUAAGCAACUUUAAAACGAAAGGACAUUUUUGUUUUUGGUUUGUGAUACGUGCCUAGACUGUUUAAGUUAACGCUAAUGAAUAAUUAAACGUUUACUAAAAUUAAACCAAGUUCCACCUUAUUAAAAUUCCUAAUUAUAAUUAAGCUAGUGGAGUUGUUGAAGUUUUGCCGAGUGGCUAGCUGUGACGUCACAGCGGUAAUGAAAACCAGGUUACGGUUAUAACGAUCAGCCAAGUAUGAUGAAAACUCCUCCUCCUGUUUCUCUGCGGGUCAAACGUAAACAUGUUCAUCCGAUCAGAAAACAUCUCUGCCUGAGCAGAGUCACUGGGACAGAUGUCAGGAGCUCUCUGUGGAAGGUUCAGCCCAAAAUGCCCUCGACUCUUGUCAUCCAGCGACGGGAGAUGACAUCAUUUUUACACCUGUUUGAGGAUCAGCUGAUUCGUGACUUUCUGAGGAUGGAUUGUUGCUUCAAAAUAACAGACAAGUACCUUUUAGCCAUGACCUUUGUGUACUUCAAACGGGCUCGCUUCACAGUCGCUGAAUACACCAGGAGGAAUUUUUUCAUUGCUCUUUACCUUGCCAACACGAUGGAGGAGGACGAGGAGGAGAGCAAGUAUGAAAUCUUUCCAUGGGCUUUGGGCAAGAACUGGAGGAGGCUGUUCCCUCACUUCCUCAAGCAACGAGACGAGCUGUGGGCUCGCGUCCAGUACCGAGCAGCUGUCAGCAGACGCUGCUGUGAUGAGGUAAUGGCCAUCAUGUCCUCUCACUUUGUGUGGCAGCGAAAGCGAUCUGAUCACCACAGCGGUGCCCAGCGGCAGUACGCUGAUCAAGCCCCGGCCCACUUUCCCAGGGGACCCCUUGCCUCACCCAUUGCCUGUUCACUCUGUAACUGUGGCAGCAGUCUUCAUCACCUCUCCUCCCCUUCCUCCAGCUGUUUGUCUGCACAGGCUGUGGAAAAAAGCCACCCACGCCCGUUUGCUUCUGCUCUUUGUCUGGAGCUCACCCCACCGAGGACCUCUGCCUCUCACACCAAGGAGGUGGAGGACAAAAACCAUCGCUGCCCUGAGGAGGUUACCAGGGAGUCUUCUUCCUGCGAGUCCUCCUUCGAUUCCUUCGACUGGAUCAAGGAGCUGUAGAGAUCCAGCUCGCUCUUCUCUCCACCCGCUGAAUACCUCUGCUUUUAUUCCUCAGCCGGAUAAAUCUGCUUCUCUUGAUUCCUGAUGGUCGACGUUCCGGCGGGAACAAAGUUUUCCUGAUGGUUUAACUGAAGUAACCAGCAUAAAAUGAGACAAAUCUGUGAUGAUAGUUCCAGCCACUGUUCUCUAUUUAUUAGUUUAUUUAUUUAACUUAUUUGUACUUUUACACAACUUUUGAAUCUGUGGGUGUGUACGCUCAGCUGUCUGGGACACACGGGGCUCUACGGGGUGUGUUUGGUCUAAUGCUGUCGGAGUUCCAAAUAAAGGCUUCUUCAUUCCA